GCCUCUGGAGGGCGCUCGUCAUGCGAAGGCGUCCAGGGUCGUUCGACGGCAUCUUUGCUGCCAUCUGGCUUGAUAGUGAGCUCCAAUUUAUGUGGGGUGCGAUCAUCUCCCUCGUCGUCGCAAACCGUGAUUUGUUGUCUGACGAUGUGGAUGGCUGUGGCUCUUGGCUGGCGAAGCGCAUUUUGAAUGAGAGCAUGUCUCGUGAACAAGAACAGGACUGAAUCUGUGGUACCGGAGCUUGCGAAGCAAACGCCAG